GCGAGAGCACUUAAAGUAGAAUUGCGGGUUGCGGCGGGGUGGGGUGGGGUGUGUGACCUUGCGGUGCAGGUCCUGCCAGGAGGCCUGACGGAGCCCUCGCUGUCCCCAGCAUUAGUUGGGCCUCCAGCUGCAGGCCAGGCGUGGGGCCAUGUUCGGGGCCGUGGCAUCCGGCAUCCUCUAAGCUAGGGUCCUCCCGCAGUGACGCUGCAGCUGCCAGUGAAUGGUUUCCAAAAAGCCUUUAGGACGUUGUGAGUCCCUCCCGCGUGACGCCGCCGUGACCUGCGUGUGUGAUUUCAGACAGGCUGACGGCCGCAAAGUCCUUCGGUCGAGCAUCCGGGAGUUCCUGUGCAGCGAAGCCAUGUUCCACCUGGGCAUCCCCACCACACGGGCGGGGGCCUGCGUCACGUCCCAGUCCACGGUCGUCCGAGACGUGUUCUAUGACGGCAACCCCAAAUACGAGAAGUGCACGGUGGUGUUGCGGAUUGCUUCCACCUUCCUGAGGUUCGGAUCCUUUGAGAUUUUUAAGCCUGCAGAUGAGCACACAGGCCGCGAGGGCCCCAGCGUGGGGAGAAACGACAUCCGGGUCCAGAUGCUUGACUAUGUCAUCGGCACCUUCUAUCCUGAGAUCCAGGCCGCUCACACCGAGGACCGUGUGCAGAGGAACGCCGCCUUCUUCCGGGAGGUGACCCGUCGCACGGCACGGAUGGUGGCCGAGUGGCAGUGCGUGGGCUUCUGCCAUGGUGUGCUCAACACAGACAACAUGAGCAUCGUGGGGCUCACCAUCGACUACGGGCCCUUCGGCUUCCUGGACAGGUACGACCCUGACCACGUGUGCAAUGCCUCCGACAACGCCGGCCGCUAUACAUACAGCAAACAGCCCGAGGUCUGCAAGUGGAAUCUGCAGAAGCUGCUGGAGGCCCUGGAGCCCGAGCUGCCCCGCGAACUGGGUGAGGCCAUCCUGGCCGAGGAGUUUGACUCCGAGUUCCGCCGGCACUACCUGCAGAAGAUGCGGAGGAAGCUGGGCCUGGUGCGGACGGAGCUGGAUGACGACGGGGCGCUGGUGGCCAAGCUCCUGGAGACCAUGCACCUGACCGGAGCUGACUUCACAAACACCUUCUACGUGCUGAGCUCCUUCCCAGUUGGGCCGGAGGCCCUGGGCCUGCCCGAGUUCCUGGCCGCGCUGACCGCACAGUGUGCCUCCCUGGAGGAGCUGAAGCUCGCCUUCCGACCCCAGAUGGAUCCCCGGCAGCUCUCGAUGAUGCUGAUGCUGGCACAGUCCAACCCUCAGCUCUUUGCGCUCAUCGGCACCCGGGCGAACGUCACGAAGGAGCUGGAGCGUGUGGAGCAGCAGUCACGGCUAGAGCAGCUGAGCCCGGCCGAGCUGCUGAGCAAGAACCAGGGCCACUGGGCUGACUGGCUCCAGCAGUACAGAGCCCGGCUGGAGAAGGACAGGGAGGGCGUCAGCGACGAGGAGGCCUGGCAGGCUGAGCGCAUGCGCGUCAUGCACGCCAACAACCCCAAGUACGUCUUGCGGAACUACAUCGCACAAAACGCCAUUGAGGCUGCAGAGAAUGGAGACUUCUCAGAGGUACGGCGGGUGCUGGAGCUUCUGGAAACCCCUUACCACAGGGCCGAGGAGGCUGCUCGGGUCCCGGAGGCCACGGAGCCCGAGGGGGCCAGCGGGGCAGACAGUGGGGGGCACUCCUACAGCAGCAAGCCCCCACUGUGGGCGGCCGAACUGUGUGUGACGUGAUCCUCGUAACGGCCUUGGAGGCCUCCACACAUGGAGCCCCGAGGCCCUGAGGCCCCCUGAGUCCUUGAGGCGGGGCACACCUGUGGAAAGCCCACCCCGUCUCUCCAUGACGGCCGAGACGUCCAGUCAGGCCCUGACCUGUCUCUGUCCGAUGCAGACUCAGCAGCCCCACCCCACGCUCAGUGCACUCCCUACAGAAGCCACGUUGUGCAAGGACAAGAGCUCAGCAGAGGGAAGCAGGCCCAGGGGGUGGGGCCUCCCCACCCACCUUGCCACCCUUGGAGGGGCUGGCACACGUGGCUCCUAAUGGGGAGACACAGCCCCCAAUAAACCAGCCUCUCCCCCUG